UUUGUGGAGUCUCGUGACAGACAGUUGGAAGAGCAGAAAGAACAGAUCGAGGAUUUGGCUGGCCAGCUUGUCAGUAAGGAGCGCUUUGUACAGCAACUGAGAGACCACAUCGAGUCCACUGAGCAGAUGGAGGUCAAGAGUCAACCUGACCGUGACACUGUCAUAGAACAAUUGCAGGAUGAAAACAUGGAAAUGAUGACGAAGAUCAAAUCCCUCCAGGAUAACAUCGCCUCAACACCAAUGCCUGUCCUCAAUCAGAGUCUGAUUAUGGAGAAGAACCAGGAGAUAGACCAUUUAAAUAGUCAGAUUGAACAACUCAACUAUGAGAUUGAGCGUCUCCGUUCCGGACAUGAAAUAGCCAGAUUGCAAGCAGAAGUCGAUCGUCAACAAGCAGAGUUGGAGCAAUCCAAGACCGAUAUUCAGUUCCUGAGGGCAUCUCACGCAUCUACUUUCUCUGGUGACGGUUCUGACGUUGAGGCUCCGGGGGUGACCGAUUCAUUCAGCGAAAAGACGAACCUCCAACAGGAGAUACAUGAUUCAUUUGCCCUGAAGUAUCGGGAGGAGACUGAAGAGAUCCGGGUAGAGCUACAGAAGUCCACGUCCAAAUUAGAGGAACGAGAAGAGGAGAUAGUUUGUCUGCGACAAGAGUUAGAAACUCAACAUAACACUGAUCAGAAUAAAAUCCUGGAGUUGGCAGAAAUAAUUAAACAAAAGCAAGUUGAAAUUUCUAAUCUGAAAGAGAAAUCUGGAGCAAAGACUGACCUCAGCAGUCCCUCUCAGUUGAAAGACGUUGUCCAGGAAAAAGAGAGCCAGAUCGAGCAAAUGACAGUUCAGAUAGAAUCACUUAAUGCAGAGGUGGAAAGUCUUAAUGAUUUCCAGACCAAGCUAUCAGAAGAUUUUGAUCUCGUGCAGUCUAUGCUUGAGGAAAAAGAGCGAGACAUUGACCUCCUCAACAAAGAACUCAUGGAGAAAUCAUCAGAGAGUCCUAGUACUCUUACUGCCCUUGAACUGGAAAUAACAAGAUUACAAAGAGAGGUGAAGGAACGGGAUAAUGUUAUCGAUGAGAAAGCAGAGGAGAUGUAUCUUCUAAAUGAGAAAAUUGAACAGCAGGAGGCAUUGCUAACAGAUUUGAAAUCUCUAGUUGAAGAAAAGGGUUCCAAUGUAGAAUUACCAAAGGAAGUUGAGGAACUCCUGAGGGAAAAGGAAGCCAUUAUCACAGACAGGGACCAAGAGAUCGUCAAACUGAGGGACCAACUUGAUGCUGUCCAAGAGCAUCUGAAGAUAGCUGAGAAUCUACAGCGGAAACUGGAGGAGGCUGGUUUAGUGGAUCCAGAUAUUCUCAUCAAAGAGAAGGAUGUCGAGAUCCAGACUCUUCAGAAAGAGUUGGUUGACUUGAAGAAGAUUAAAGACGUGAUUGGUAAUGAGGGGCUAGAAACUACACAGGGAAAAGAGAGAGAGCUCAUAGAGCAUAUAGAACACCUCGAAGCUACAAAAAUGCAAAAUGAGGCUACAAGACUAAUAUUUGAGGAUCAAAUAUCUACUCAAAUGAAGGAUGCUGAAGAGCUUAGAAAUGAGAUUGAUGCUACAAAACUGAGAUACGAGGCUCAAAUAUCUUCUCAAAUGGAAGAGAUUGUUGAACUGAGAAACGAGCUGGAAACUACUAAAAGGAGAAAGGAAGAUGAGUUACUACAACACAAGGAAGAGAUUGAAGAGCUCAAGAAAGAGCUUAGUUCUGUACCCAGUGAGGAUGAGAUUAGUGAGCUCAGAAUGGAGAUUGCAGGGCUUGAAGACAAACACCAAGGAGUAGAAAGGCAGGAUGUGACUGAAUUGAGAAGGGAGAUAACUGGUCUAAAUGAAGAAACAACGGCCAAGGAUGAGGAGAUUCAGAGGCUGCAAGAGGAAGUAACAAAUCUGAGGCAGGAAGAUACUGCUGAUACUAAGUCUGAGCUGGACAGUCUCCGGGAGGAAGUCAUUCAACUCCAGCAGGAUCUUCACCGUGCUAGGUCUUUCGAUUCAGAAAUAUGUCAAAAAGAAACACCAAGAGCUGCCACCUUGGAAUUUCCAUCCCAAGAAAGCCAGCAAAGGCUAGGAGAAGAGAGUGGAGUGUCUCAGGGUAACUUAGUUGGAUUUGUACCCCAAACAAGUAUGCCAGAGAUUGAGCCCCAUGAGGUUAUAGAGGACCAUAUUCUUCCAGAGACUUCGGAGAGAAAUCAAAGUCCUCCAACAAGUAGUGCUACAGAAGAGAAAGCAAAGGCCCUGGAAGAGAAAGAUCCCAGUUUGGAAAAGGAAGUGGAGACAAUGAAAGCCCUGGAAAAUAAAAUACUUAGUUUGGAAAGGGAAAAUGAAACAACCAAAAUCCUGGAAGAGAAAGUCCGUAGCCUGGAAAAGGAGAUUGCUAGCUACAAAAGUCUGGAAGAGAAAAUUCAGAGUACCUCAAGUGGGAUUUCCUCAGACGAAAAAUCUCUGACAAUGGAGAGAAAGGUUGUAGAACUGGAGCAAAAGCUUGACAUGUUCAAAGAUUUAGAGGUGAGUGUAGAGGAUCUUAAAGAGAAGGAUGAGGAAAUAUUGAUCCUUCGUGAGGCACUCAACGCAAUGAAAAGUGGGGAGGAGGAACUCAACAGCCUCCUACGGGAAAAGGAUGACAGCCUGAUGGAGAUGGAGGAUAAACUGGAAGGCUUACAGGCUGAUGGAGAGCCAUCCGAAGGGGAGGUUACAGCACACUUGGCCACUAAGGAAAAAGAGUACAAGAUACUACAAGAGGAAUACUUACAGGCCACAUCAAAGCUGUCAGAUGCUAUCACCACGCUACAGCAAAAGGAAGAGAAACUGUCACAGACAUCUGCACAACUAUCGGAGCGCGAGGAACAGUUGCACUCACUCCAAGGGGAGCUACAACUCCUGCAGCAGGAAGGUGACGAGAACCAGAUACAAGAACUGAAGUCUGAGUUACAGGAAGCAAAACGUGACCUGGCUGUACUCCAGAGAGAGAAGGAUGCAGAGUUUGAGGACAUGAAAGAGAAAUUAACACAAGCAGUAGAGUUCAGCGAAUCGCAACUACAACAGGUUGAAGAGAAAGAGGAGGAGUAUGUGAAACUGAGGCUGGAAAUGCAACAGGCCAAUGUCAACCAUGACAGAUUAGUCAGGGAUCUUCAACAGCAGCUAGAAAAAUCUGAGGCUGAAAGGGAAGAUGAAGUCACAAGUCUGAAAAACACCGCUAACAUGACCCACGCAGAGCAGAUCAAGGUGAUAUCUGACCUUCAGAACCAGAUUCAGCAGCUGCAGGCAGUCACCGAAUCCACUGCAGGAGGAGGAGAUGCCUUAGCAACAGUCACCAACCUUCAGACAGAAAUUAUGGAAAAGAAUGAAGCUGUUGAAGUGUUGGAGCAAGAAUUAAAAAAGUCCAAACUUGCGAUAGAGGAAAAAGCUGAGGAGCUUGAAAAAAUUCUAGAAGAACUGCAAAAAGCUCGUACUUCACAGGUGAGGAAUGAAGAGGAGCUUGAGGCAAAAGCACAGGAGCUUGACUUGGUUUAUGCUGAUCUACAUAAUAGCAAGCAAAGUCUUAAGGCCACAGUUGAAGAGCUUGAAACGAAAGCUCAGGAGCUUGAGAAAAGAGCUCAGGAGAUGGCCAAGCUCCAAGGGGAGCUUGAUCAGUCGUCAGGGAUCGGGCUAGACCUAGAAGUGGAUAUUAUUCCAGAGAUAGCACAGAAACGAAUUAACAGUCUUCAGAUGGAGCUGAACGCUUCCAAGGCAGCCCUAUUAGAUCUUCAGCAACAAAACACCUCGAUGAUGCAAGAUAACAGCCAGGUUCAAAAUGAAUCUAGGGAACAGAGGGCAGCACCUCUCUUACGUCUCCGUAGUGACAGCCAGGAAAGCGAAGAAGACUUCUCAACACUAGAUACAUCAACUCUGCGACUGAAAAUGGUGGCACUCACUAAGGAACUGAGGCAGACUUCAUCAGAAUUGGAACUGUUCCGAUCAUCUGCAUCACUCACAGCUAAAGAUUACGUCAGGAAAGUGAUGGAGUUAAGGGAAGAGUUAUCCCAUCAACACCAGCGUCACAUUCAUGACAUCCAGGAGCGUGCACGCCACGAUGCUGACACCACACUGAUGCAGCUUCGCAUCCGCUACGACGAUGAGAUUGAGCACCUGCAUGAGCUACAUCAGAAGGAACUGGAUAACAAAAUCAGCGAGGUCAAGCGUGACAUGAAUAAACAACACAAGACAGAGAUCAAUCGGCUGUUGGCACGGCACAAACAAGAAAUGGAGCUGGCCAAGGUCCAGGAACCAGUCCUCGCACAAGACAAGUCGAACAUGGACCACGUUGAGAGAUUACAAGCAGAGAUCUCUUUGUCGGAGAAACUCGACAAUCGUCUACGACAGUCACUGUCUGACACUGCCCAAGGUCAAAGUCAGACAGACAUUGGAGAUGCUGGUAGUAUUGCAACCUCCACAGCAACUGACCUGUCCUUCAGCGAAAAUGUUCCAGCACAUCUUCAGAACCUUAUGGAACGGCUCCACAAAGAAAAUGUCCAAUUGCUGACCAUGUCUGAGUUACAGUUCUUAAAUCGACACCUCGGUGCUGAAAAGGUAGACAAGGAGGCAGAUAUUUCAGCACUGCAGUCCUCAUGGGACAAUGAGAAACAGAGUCUUAUGUCAGCUGUAGGCUCGCUGAAGGACCUCCUCGCUCAAACUCACAAGCUACGGGGAUUAGACAAGGACAAUGAGGCAGAGUUGUCGGACUUUUCUGCGGAGAUCACGGACUGGAGGGGAGAACUCUUGCAGUCUGUUGGUUAUGUAUUUGCCAAAGAAAGGGAAACGUUGCUGGCAGAACUCCGCACACAUGUAAUGUCUCACCCAAACAUCGAUCUCACUGAGAUACAUAAACUAGAAAAGAAAAUCAGAAACUCCGAGAGCCACCAGCGGUCAGCCCUUGACCAGAUAUUCCAUGCAGAUCGCCAGUCACUACUUGCAGAGAUUCGUGACUUACGGGCCCACAUCAACAUUAGUCAGAUCCGGAGUCAGGAGGAACGAGAACGACUUUCUGACCAACUCAAUGAUGUUGAGGAUCAGGGCAACAAACGAGAACGUCAACUCAAACGACAGGUUAAACUGCUGGAGUAUAAACUCCAACAGGAGAAAAUUCUACAAGAUGAUAUCCACACCAGCCUGGAUACGGAACGUGAACGUACUACCGAACUCUCUAGCUCAUUGAGUCGAGAAAAGAUGAGCAACCUUGACUUUCAGACAGAUGUGGCCAAUUUGAACCUCCAGGUCACUAAACUCAAGGAUAGCCUAGAGCGCGAACAGAGUCGAUUUGUCUCUGUGACUAAGAAGGAAGCUGGUGGUAUUUACAACGAUAUUUUUGCUUUGGGGGGCGCUUUGGAGGAGGAGAAGGGAAAAUGCCACACUCUUGGAGAGAGGUUGGAAGCUGAGAAGUACAAAGUUCGUGACCUCAAGAAUGACCUUGAUGAAGCCAAGGUUAGGUCAGAGGUCAGGGAUAAGAUUAACAGCACCAUAGAGAAAUUGGAGUCUGACCUGAUGACAGAGCGGGACAUGAGAAUAAAAUUGGAAAAUUCUCAUGAACUAGAUAGAGUGAAGAUCAACACCCUCCAACAAGAUCUCAAUACAGAGCGCAGGAACUUACAGAUGUUUGAGGCUGAAUACGAAACCAAAGUCACAGAAUUAAAAACGGCUCUAGAGCUGGAGAAAAUCCGUGCUUCAGAUCUAGUCAGUGCAUUGGAAAAAGAACAAACAGCUUGCCAUAAUCUACGACAGAAUUUGUAUGAACAACAAAAUUCUGCAGAAAAAUCUGACAACAGAAGUAUCGUAGAGGACCUUCAGGUUGCCUUGGAAACAGAAAAGGCCAUGGUGAUGGAUUUACGAGGUGCACUUGAACAUGAAAAACAUCGCAUGGCUGGGAUGGUUGCCGCUGUAGAAUCGGAACGGACGGCCAUGCAAGACCAAGUUGGGCAAGAAAGGGAGACAACUCGCCAGAUUAAGCACGAACUUGAUACUCUACAGCUACAGAAUCUGGAAUUCACUCGCAUGUUUGAACGCGAGCGGGACCAGGUGUCUCGUCUGAAGGCCGAGCGGGAACAACUCCGUUCAGAGGUGAAGAGCAUCAAGGAUGCUGAUAAUGAAAGGGAGCGACUGCGUGAUACAGAAAAAAUGUCAGACAGACGCCGACUAAGACAUGUGGAACGAGAGAGGGAUGAUCACAAAAUGAAACUGCACGAGCAGACAUUAGAGGCCCAGAGACUCACACAGAAGGUACUAGACCUUCAAGAUCAGCUGGCCGCGAGCCGCGAGAAGGAACUGGAGGCUAUCCGGGACCUGGAGCAUGAGCGCCUGUCAUCAAUACACUCUCAGCUUUAUGAUGGGUUUCAGCAGAAUGGAUCUCAAAGAGGAACAUCACAUGUCAAUCAUGAUCAAUGGAAUGUUUAUAAGGCUCAGCUGCAGAGUUUGAGUCAGAGCCUGCAGUAUCUUAUUCUACAGCACAGGGACAGUUUGGACAGAACCUCCAAAUCAGAGGGAAGCAGGGAAAUGCAGCAUGCACUCAGUGACCUUCUUGGUGAAUUAAAACAACUUCAGAUGCCAUUGGAAUUUGAGUCACAGAGCGAGGCUAACCUGUUGGCUAGGCCGAAUCCUUCUGUAAUUAAUGAACGAGUGCUGCGUCACAACGCUGAACUCACCAGCUUUGUGACACGCCUGACUGAGGAGAAAAUGGAUCUGCGUAACUCACUUGGACAUUUAGAGGAACAGCUGUGGCACUACCAACAAAGGGGAACAACUCAACAGAAUGGGGACACAACUGAUACUGCUACAAAACAGUUUGAGGAGCGUGCUAGCUGGGCCAAAGAGAGGCUGUCCCUCCAACUUGCUCUCAAUGAUGCUGAACAGCGCAUUGAUCAGCUUACAGCUAACCUGAGGAUGGAACAUGACCGACGGUCAGUGAUGAGCAGCAACGGUUCUGAAACUGACCGAGAGAAGAUCCAGAGACUGUAUGGUAAAUACCUCCGAGCAGAAAGUUUCCGAAAGGCCUUGGUGUACCAGAAGAAAUACUUGUUACUGCUCCUAGGUGGUUUCCAGGACUGUGAAGAAACAACGCUUGCCAUGCUUGCCCAGAUGGGAGCAUAUCCCUCUCCUGAGGAUGUCGGUCAACAUCAAUAUCGACGACGUCCCUAUCAUACCUUCAGAAGUGCUGCAAGGGUCAUUGUCGCAAUCACAAGGAUGAAGUAUCUUGUGAAAAAAUGGCGGCGGGCCACGAGGGUCGGAUCUCCUGUUGUAGGCGGCUCCAUCAACACUCAGCAAGCCUACAUGCCAACUGACAAUAGUUUUUCACCCCCAAGAUUAACAAGUAGUAGGAGUUUUUCACCUCCAAGAAUUAAUGGGUCUCCUGCAUAUAAUUCGGGCAUGAUUGUGACACGCCCAUCUCGAGUCACAUUUUCAUCAUCUUCACUUCCCGGAGACUCCGACUCAAACUCUCCUUCGUCCUACCAACCCAUAAUGUCACGUCCUCCUCCAGCAGCUGUGGGAUCUACCCCCCCUACAAAAGACUACAGUCUCAUGAGGAACUCCCACAGCCCUAACUCUGGUGCUAGAAGAAAACUUUUAUCUUCAUCUCAUAAAACAAAACACAGCACAAAUAGUUCUCAAAGUUCCCAUGGAUACCAAGGUGCCACCUCAAGUAAACCAGAACAACCUAAGGAGGCUCUCCACGACGACUACAUCAAACGCCUUGAAAAUCUCCAGAAAACGCUCAGUAGUAUGAGUAGCUCAGGUACGCCACGCCGAGGCUCAUCAUCUCAUUAUCACUGACAUGGUGUCAGUACAUGUCGUUAUAUGACUGACUUUUGAUGUCAUGUCGCCAAUAGUGCUUGUCACAUAAAGUUGAUACAUAACCUCAGUGUAUUGGGACCGAUUUGUACUUCAUCAAUAGUGCAGCAUCAUUAUGUUAUUUUAAUAGAACAAGACUGAUAUUAUAUCUCAGAGUUUAUCAACUAAUAUACGGAACCGUUUUGUAAGUUGGAAGAAAUAUUUAAACAUUCUUAAAGUUUAUUGUUUCUUAAUUAAAGACUUCAUGAAAAAAAGUACAUCAUUUUCUUCAUUCUACAACUGAUGUUACAUGUCAUGUUAUAUAACACAUCAUUUCGGUAUGUCAUGUUAUAUAACACAUCAUUUCGGUAUGUCAUGUUAUAUAACACAUCAUUUCGGUAUGUCAUGUUAU